AUCCCUUAGGUUUUUGUUUCUUUUUCCAAUUAACUGUCCUCAUUCCUCUAUAUGUUUUCUUUGAUGUACUUUUUAUCUAAUCACUCUCAAUUUAAAGCACCAAGCAUGGCAUGAUUCCCAAACACUUUCAUUUAGUAGGAAAUAGAACAAGUUUCGUUUUGGCUGAAAUCAGCGUGUUUAUGACAGUAUGUCUUCAGUCAGCUGGAGAUCCGUCAGUGAACAUGUUGUGCUACUGGGGAGCGCCUGUCAGAGAGGGCUUCGGUCUGUUAAAGCCUGACAAAGUCAAACAUGGCAAUUAUGGAAUACGAUCCAUGUGUCCAAAAUCAGUUGAGGACAUGUCAGCUGGAAGGAGUUUUGUUGGAUUUAUCCGGGAUGGGAAAGUCUCGGUUCUGCGACUGCGCGGGGAAAACUAUGAUCACAAUGGAAAACUAGAGCAACUACAGCUGAAGAAUAACAGAAUCAGAUCGAUUGUCUGUGGAGGAGCGGGUGCGGUUCUUCUUGCUGAUGCAGGAAGAGUUCUCGUUAUGGACAAAUCUACUGUGUGCAGGCCUCUCAAAGGUCUGGAAAGGCAGGUGAUUCAGAUCACAUGUGGAGACCAGCAUUCAAUGGCACUAACCAAGGAUGGUCAGUUGUUCGUAUGGGGUGAAAACUCUCACGGUCAGCUGGGUUUGAGGAAAGAACAUCCUGGAUCUCCGUCAGCUCAACAGGUGAAGAGUCUGUGUGGGAUCCCACUGGCUCAGAUCAGCGCUGGAGGAGACCACAGCUUUGUGUUGUCUCUCUCUGGAGUCGUGUUCGGAUGGGGAAAGAACUCGGCUGGACAGCUGGGCCUCGGAGACACUACAGACAGACACAUCCCAACGGUUGUAAAUAGUCUGAACCGAAAGAAAACUGUGUCCAUCUCAUGUGGAGGAAAACACACUGCCACUCUAUCAAAGGGCGGCACAGUGUUCACAUUUGGAUCUGGAGGUUUUGGUCAGCUUGGGCACAACUCGUUUAAAGAUGAACAUCAUCCGCGGGUGGUUGCUGAACUGUGGGGAUCUAAAGUGUCACAGGUCACAUGUGGGAGACGUCACACACUCGUAUCAGUCUCAUCGUCAAAACUGAUCUACUCAUUUGGAUGUGGGAUGCAAGGGCAGCUGGGAAAUGGAGAAAUGAUCAAGCAGUCUGUGCCUUUACCGGUGGAUCUGUCAAAUGAAUGUGAUCAUGAAUAUAUGAUUGAAAAACUCAUCGCUGGGGAGAAUCAUUCAUUUGCCUUGUUUUUCAAAGAGCUUGAAAGUAAGCCAAAAUCCACUCUCAGAGGGGUUUUGACAUUAAAUGACAGAAUGAUUGACCGAUGGGUGUCUGAAAGGGAUUCAUGGAAAGUAAUAAAGAAGGAAAUAAACACAGUGUUCUCCUCUGCUGCCUCUCUGAAUGGAAGUUUUCUCAAAACAAGUUGUGAUGAACAUUAUCAGACGUCUGUGGAGCAUUGUGGGUUGGAUUUUGAUCUGGUUAAAACAUCCUUUGCAAAGUUAUCAGAGAAUGAAAGGUUGAUAUCAGAGGUAGUGAAGGUGGUUCAACAGAAACUGCUGCCGUCUCUGAAUCCAAAUCCAACUGGUGUUGAAUCUCUGAGACUUUACCUCCUCCUCCCUGAGCUCAUCAGAGGAUUUCGGAAAAAAAGAACUGAACUCACUGGAGCACUGGCCUCCAAAAUCCUUCAGUUGAAUCCAGCUGCUCGCAAGGUGUUAGAGAUGUACUGGUCCAAACUCCCUGAUGAUUGGCUCAAAGGCUUGGUGAAGUUAUUUCACAAAGAAUCUGCUGAGCUGAUUGGCCAGAUUUCUUGUGGUAAAACUGGCCAUGACUUAAUUAGACACAUGCAGAACUUUUUGCAGAUCCUUCAGAUGCUCUAUGAGGUCUGUUGCAGUACCCACAAUACCAUCACAAACAGUGAUUUCAUCAUUCAUGAGGUCAAUGAUCUCAUAGUUAAGCUGCAAGUUACCUUGAAAAAUCUGGCCAUGAUUUUAUUGGACCUUCGUUUCACUGAAGAUUUCAAUGAUUUGGUGACACUGAAAGAUUACUACCUUGGAAUUAUUGAAAUAUUGGUCAAGUUCCCUUUUGCAGCUGACACCCAAUCUAAACAGAGAAUGUUUUGUUACUUGCAGAUGCACUUACAGUUCUCUCCUGACCAAGAGAUGCUCAUGUUAAAUGACAACGUGUUGCGCGUAAACAGGGAAUCACUGUUGACAGACACGCUACAGUAUCUCAGACAAAACACCCACUCAUUUUAUCAUCUAUUAGAGGUGGUGUUCAUCGGGGAGAAUGGAAUAGAUUGGAGGGGCUUAUCUGCAGAAUUCUUCACCCUCCUUUCCCAGUCUCUUCUCAAAUGGGAGAAAAAGGUGCUGGAAGUUCAAGGGAAUUCAUUGGUUUGGUUCAAUCCUCAUCACACACAAGGUAAUAAGGAUUUUUACUAUCUUGGCGUUAUCUGUGGAAUGGCGCUGUACAACCAUCAUUACAUAGACAUUAACUUCCCACUGGCCUUGUACAAGAAACUGCUCAAGCUGAGUCCCACUCUGAAUGAUCUGGAGGAACUGUCCCCUGUGGAGGCCGGAAAUUUGAAAAACCUUCUUGAGGAGGAUGAGGACGUCGUGGAUAUACUCUUUUUGGAUUUCACAGUCAGAGGGCAAGAGCUCAUUCCAAACGGAGGUCAAAUUCAAGUGAACAAAGUUAACAGACAGAAGUAUGUGGAUUUGUAUGUCGACUUUGUUUUCAACAAGUCCGUGAAGAAUCAGUUCAAGCAUUUUUCAAGAGGUUUCUCUAAGGGCUGUCCUCUCGAUAUCUGGAGCAUGUUCCACCCUGAGGAACUCCAGGAGCUUCUUCAAGGCUCCCCUAAAUAUGAAUGGAAGGAGCUUCAAACGUCUGCUUCCUAUGAAAGCUGUUCUGCCUCUGAUGAGCUUAUCAAGAACUUCUGGACUGUUUUCUUUGAGUUCUCUGAAGAGAAUAAGAAGAAAUUUCUGAUGUUCUUGUAUGGAAGGAAACGUGUACCUGUGGGAGGUUUCUCAAUGUGCUCUCUGAAGAUUCGUCAGUCAGACGGUCCUGAUCCAGAUGACCGUUUACCAGAGGCCCAGACCUGUUUUGGCAGAUUAAUUCUUCCCAAAUACAGCGAUAUCAACACACUUCGCAACAAGCUAGUACAUGCAAUCAACUUUUGUAAGGUUUUUGGACGAGGGUAAACGUCCCUCGAGGUUCAAAACCUCCAUGGUUCCCAACUCCAAAAUAUAUGAAACAAUUGUAUGUUGAUAAACUUGUAGCUUAUUGGUUUUUAAAAUGUUACAUGAAUUAUGUGAUUUAACUUUCACUGAGCUUCUUUCAGCCACAAAUUUGAAAUAUAGAUGCAACACAGCUCAGUCAAUUUAAAUAUUUAUCAUAAAAAACCUGUAAAUAAUUGUAAAUAAACAAUGUCAGAGCUAUA